GCCGCUAUUGUCUUUUGUCUCCUCCUCCCAACAAAGUACUUUGCACAAAAACGAGAGAGAGAGAGAGAGAUGAGAGAAAUUCAAAAUUUAGACAAGAACAGAAGUUUCUCAGAGUCCCAACUCCUUAUCUAAUUCAUUCAUACUCUCAAAAUAUAGUCUUUCUGUCUCCUCUCACAAUAUUAUUAUAUAUAUGAGAGAAGAAAAAAAAAACUAAUGAAUAAACUUUCUCUCUUAAUGCCCACAUGGGCAUUAAUCAUUACCAUCUUGUUCUCACACAUCAUUGAUGCAAGACCAGAGUCGUCUCCUUCCAACGUUUCCGGUCAUGUUCUUGCUAAGGAAGAAGAACCCGUUUCUCAGUUUUCUACAAUGGAUGCUGAAUCUCCAGCAGCAGGAAACCCCGAGGUUAGAGUAGUGCAUCACCAUGAUUUGAACAAGAGAAUUCUUAUUGCUCUAAUUGUUGCUUCCACUUUCCUUGGUGGAUUCUUGCUGUUUCUCUCUUGCUUUUGGAUAUAUAGACGUAGAAAGUUGAGAGACUCCAAUGGGAAGAGCCAAAAGAAAAAGGAAGAGGCUGCAAAAGGGUUAUCAUUGAGUUCAGCAAUGGUGGGAUUUAGCUCCUCACGGAUGGGAAGUAGUAGGAAGGGCUCAGUGUCUAUUUUCGAUUAUCAUACAUUGGAAGCUGCAACUAACAAAUUCGCUAGAAGUAAUGUUCUGAUUGAGGGUGGUUCUGGGAUUGUUUACAAAGCUCUUUUGGAUGAAAAAGUUCUUGUUGCUGUGAAGAAAGUAGAUGUUACUACUGGACCAGAUGCUGAAAGAAAAUUUAAUAAUGAGGUGAAAUGGCUGAGCAAAAUUUGGCAUCAGAACAUCAUCAAACUUUUGGGAUAUUGCAUUCAUGACCAAACAAGGUUCCUUGUCUAUGAAUUGAUGCAGAAUGGAUCAUUAGAAACUCAGCUACAUGGACCUACUCAAGGAUCAGCUCUAACUUGGCAUCUCAGGCUGAAAAUUGCUGUUGAUGUUGCCAGGGGGUUGGAAUAUCUUCAUGAGAACUGUAAUCCUCCUGUGGUACAUAGAGAUCUACAAUUGUCUAACAUUCUUCUGGAUUCUAACUUUAGUGCAAAGCUUUCCCAUUUUGGAAUUGCUGUAACUUUUGGGAUUGAAAACAAGGACAGCAUAGAAGUGUCAGAAACUUCAGCUUAUGUAGCUCCAGAGUACAUUUUGGAUGGAAAAUUAACUGAUAAAAGUGAUGUCUAUGCUUUUGGGAUGGUUCUUUUUGAGCUCCUCAUUGGAAGAAAGCUUGUUGAAUAUAAGACACCAGAUCAGAACCAGUCUCUAGUGAAGAGGGCAAUGCCUCAGCUCACUGACAGAACAAGGCUUCCAAACGUUGUGGAUCCUGUGAUAAAAAACACCAUGGAUUUAAAACACCUCUACCAGGUCGCUGCAGUGGCAGUUCUAUGUGUGCAACCAGAGCCAAGUUACCGACCUUUGAUAACCGAUGUGCUGCAUUCACUUAUCCCUCUUGUGCCUUUGGAACUCGGAGGAUCUCUAAGAGUAACAGAGCCAAUCUCCUCUGUCUGCUCCAACCCUUCUGAUCAGUGAUUUAAAAACCUUUGAUCUGUGUUUCGUGGAUGUUCUAUUCCCACCACAGAAUAUUUAUAGUGUAAUUGCUUUAAGAGGGUACAUAGCCUUAGUCAUUAGACGCUGGAUAGUUGGAUUCUGAUGCAGAAAAAUUGCAAAUUUAUACUAGACAUUUUUUUUUUCUUACUAUUAUUACAGUUGUAAAUUGAACUAAAUUAAUUGAAGUUGAGAUCAUCAUCUUUAUUUU